AUCAUAAGAGCGGUCAUAAGCAAAUCAUAGCAGAUUUCCAGAAUAGGACGGGGUCUAUUUUGAAGAGAGUUCUCGUACGAUAAUUUUAAAUUUCGCGCUUUUUUCAAGAAAUUAAAAUAAAUUGGCAGUUGAAAGUGAGGUUAUUAUAGAUCGACCGAGCCUCUGAUCCUAGCCCGUGAAACUGUUUAUUUUACUCGAGAUCUUCGUGCUUGGUGCUUGUUGGUGUGUCGCUUGGUUUAGUUGUUUUCUGUCUUUACAAUAUUUUUAAAUAAAUAUGGAAAAAUUUGAAUGGACGAAAAGUACUAUGGAAAAAUUUAUAAUACAAUUUGAAAAAUAUCCGUGCCUGUAUGACGUCAAACAUCAAUUUUACAAAAACAAACAUGCACGGGCAGAAGCAUAUAAUAAAAUUGUUGAGACUUUAAAGAAAGAAAAUGAAGGGUUGAAAGUAACUGUCGAAGAAGCGAAAAAAAAAAUCACAAAUCUGAGAUCUCAAUACAAUCACGAAUUAAAUAAAAUUAGAGCAAGUACUCAUUCUGGAAUGGGUACGGAUGAAAUUUAUGAACCGACAGUAUGGUGGUUUGAGAAAUUGCAGUUCCUAGAGCAAUUCAUUAAGCCUAGGAAGGGUAAAAGUAGUAUUGAUGUAUUGCAUGACAAUGAAAAUCAAAGCCAACCCAACUUUAUGUUGGAGGAAAUAGACAACGAUCUGGUUACAGAUCUAGAGGAUAUCCAGGAGAGUGGGUCGAACGACGUAUUGUCCUCCUCAAUGUCCUCUGGAUUAAACGCUUCACUACAAGUAUUGUCACCAAAGCCGGUACAAAGAGCAAAAAAUAGAAAAACUUCAGCGGAAGAUGACGUCAUAAUGACGAAAACCUUGAAGGUGCUUGAAGAAAUAAACCGACCGAAGCCGAAAAUUGAUGAAGUUUGCGAAUUCGGUCGGUUUGUAAGCAAAGAGCUGCAGGGAAUUGACGACGAAGAGUUGCAGAACGAAGCUAAGCACGAAAUAAAUAACAUUUUAUACCAUUUUAAAAAACAGUUUAUUCAACGUAAAAAGAUUGGCAUCGAGAUAAAUGAUGUAUAA